GUACGACAAACACACGUGACAUGCGAUCGGCGUUUGCCUCACAUUUGAAUGCAUGGACUGAAUAACGACUUUAUUAUCACUGAAUUGAGUCCACUUAAGACACCACUCAAUGGUAAACAUGUGUUCAUUGGAGUUGUUUCCGACGCCCAUCGCAUCCGACGGCAGAACUCUUCGGGAAGUGAAUGAACGGCUCGAAGACGGGGUCAAUGAGUGUGUGGUCAUCGAUGAGGCACACAUAUACCCCACCAUUGAAGUGAGAAAUGAAGACAUAAUGAAACCGUCGAUUACUAACGAAAGCGUUGAUAAUAUAUUCAUCACAAAAGACAUGACUCUCUGGAAGCGGUUCUUACGAUGUCUUAAGACCCGUGGCUUUGUAUCAGCUCUUGAGAUGAUCAGCGAAUACGACAACUAUUAUCACUUAGAGAACAGUUGGUUCUUAAGGUUCAGCCAAAAGUUGUGCCAAACAUUGCUGUAUUUGUGGCAACUUUUGCUCAACUUUUAUAUCUUUAUAUAUCCGUACGCUUUGAAGUCAAACGAAGAAUUGUGUCACGAAUUCAAUAAAUCGAUGGAUUGGAGGAAUGGUUUGAUCCGAGCGUUUCAAUGGCACCCGAAUGGACACAAGUGUGCCGUUUGUCACAUAAAUGACUGCAUUUACAUCUAUUCGUUUGACAACUCAUUUGUUCCGCUUCUGAAGCAUUCAUUGCAAACCAAAGUAACAGCUCUUUCGUGGAGUCCCACUCGUGAGGACAUUCUGGCCGUGUGUUGUGAUUCAGUGAUAAUUUUGUGGACAUUAGAUCCCAACUCAAGACAAUACCGACCCACCAGUGAUUGCAUUAAUAUAAUCCAUUCACCCAUCAGUCCAUUAACUGACAUGAAGUUUGAUCCGAGCGGUCAGUAUUUGGCCGCUUGUAGUCCGCAGUCAUCGAAGUUAUGUCUCAUAGAAGUGGAGAAAAAAGAAAUCGUCAAAACAAUCCGUCGUUUUGGCACUUGUUUUACGAGAGUUUUCUGGUCGCCCGACAAGACUAGACUCCUGUCGGCCACAACUGCUAAACACAUCCGAGUCUAUGAAACCAAGGGCUGGUCUUCAGCCAAAUGGAACCAACAGUUCUCUGGUAUUUGUCAGACGGCGUGUUGGAGUCGACCCAUUGGUCACCUGUUGUUAGUGGCGCUCAGAGACUGUCCGUCUGUUUUUGCCAUUCCUUUCUACGACAGCCCACAACCCAAUGAUGUCGGAGGCACUCGUCAUUGUCUCGAAGUUCUCGACAUUUCUGAACAUGAGUUCCCGAACGGCAUUAAAGUCGGCGGAAGUAUUCACGACAUGAUUUGGGAUAAGAAUAGCGAACGACUCGUCAUUUCCUUUAAAGAUAACAGAGAGUGGAUUGCAUUGUAUAAGACAGUGAUUCGACCGAAUCUCGAGAUGACUCCAAUUGGUUUUGUUCACGGAUUGCCUCAAGAAAUACCGCUUCACAUCUCAUUUAACGACUCUUUCCGAAGCGGUUCUCUGCUGACUGUCUGUUGGAAUAGUGGUGUCGUCUCCUAUAUUCCCCUUCAGUUUGACUCCAAAACCAAUAAAUCGAUGUACACUUCGGGAACUCCGCGUUCGUUGACCUCGUUUUGUGUGGCCUCUCCUAACCGGAGCAUCACAUCCAACAACACUUCACUCAGAGGAACACCGUUAAGACCAUCCAAAGUACUCAGCUCUCCGUUAAUCCAUUUCACGCCAAACGACUCGGUUUUGUCCCCAAAACGACCCCUACUUUUCACGACAUUUACAAAACGUGAUUCCAGUUAUGAUUCACUCGAAUAAUAGUUUAGUUUAAAUGAAUUGUUAGCACCGAUUAAUUCUACCGGUAUAUUUAUUUCACAUUUAUGUUUAAAUCACAAGCAUUUUACUCAAAAUAUUUAAUUCAUUGAUUG